UGACACGAUAUGGAAUAAUUGCAGGAGAACUAUAUAAAUGGGGGUAAAUCGCCUUUAAUCCCAAAUUUCCGUUUCGUUACCCUCGAGUAUAGUGUUCAUUUGGCAAAACCUUAGUUGCUUCACGCACACCAAUUCCGAAAAUGGAUAACGAGAUAUUUGCUGAAAAGGAUAGUCCAAAGGUCGAGGUUACGAUCCCAAACCAGGGAACGUUGACCGGUUUUACGCUUAAAAAUCCAGCAAAUGGCAAGCUCACUUCUAACAGGUUUGCCAGAAUUCCCUAUGCUUUGCCUUUGAAAAAACGUUUCACUCUACCAGAACCAAUCCCUGACGAUUAUGACUAUACUGGGGAGUACAGGGACUUUGGCUUCAAAUGCCCACAGCCGGUAUAUGAGAGCAAGCAGAUUGUGUAUCCUAAAAGCGAAUCCGACGAGCACAUUCAAUAUUUGAAUGUUUGGGUUCCAGCUUCAGAUAAAUAUAAACCGAAAACUGGCUGGCCCGUUCUGAUUUAUAUUCAUGGUGGAUGGUUGCAAUACGGCUCUCCUAAUAAAGAUAUGUUCAACGUUGUUGAAUUAAUGGACGAUGAAAAUUUCCAAGAAAAAUACAUUUUAGUGACCCUUGGCUACAGAUUGAAUAUUUUUGGGUUCUUGACAUGUAAAGAAUUGUUGGAAGAAAACCCUAAAAACUCAAACAUGGGCUUUUGGGAUCAACGUGAAGGUAUUAAGUGGGUUUAUAAGUACAUCAAAUACUUCGGUGGUGAUCCGGAAAAGAUAACUGUUUCAGGACUAUCUGCCGGCUCAUACUCUACCUUUUUCCAGCUUGCUUAUGAAUUAUAUCAUCCGGAGGAAACUCAAAUCAUUAAGCAGGUUGUAUUCUAUUCAAAUAUGGUUUUCUCUCAACCAAAAACUAUUGACGAGUGUGAAGACCAGUUCAAUGAAGUCGUUGAUAAAUUAGGAAUGAACAAUUUGACCGGACCAGAGAAGUUAGAAAAACUGAGAUCUUUUGAUUUUGAAUUUUUGGAGGAGUUUGUGCCAAAACUGGAGCUACAUACAUUCAGAGCAGUAUCAGACAGUCAUUUUAUUGCGCCAACAAUUUUAGGAGAUAUUCAGUCAGGAAAGUUCUCUAAGUUGUUAAUCGAUAAGAACCUUAGAAUUGUUCACGGUGAGACAGAUAAUGAGUUUUACCUUUACUCAUUGUUCAACCCACCAACUUCACUUGACACUCUACCUAUUGAAAUUGAAAACUAUUAUCCCAGAAAAGUUGUCCCCACCUUAAUGGAUGUCUAUCAAGUUAAAGAUAAAAUUGAUCCUGACAGCCCAGAACUUGAGCAGCAACUUAUUGACAUGUUUGGUAAAAUUACAGGAGAUGGCCAAGUUUAUGCUUCAACCAGGGGAUUUAUCAAUAAUGUUAUGAAAGGAGGGUUCCCUUCUGAAAGGUACUUCCGUUACCGUGUUGGUUACCGUGGCAAGUGGUUGGACAAAUUCAUGCCUCCAGAGGUUAAGGUUACCCAUGCAUAUGACCAGUCGAUUUGGUUUUACAUUUUGAGAAACGGCUACAGCGAUAGUGAGAAAAGUAAGAUGACCGAAUUUGUGAAGCCGUUCCUCGACUUUUUGAAUUUCAAAGAGGAUAUUGGUGAUUGGGACACCAGUGAUUUCAAAAAAUUCAGAUGGUUCAAGCCGGAUGGGUCAAUUGUUUAUGAAGAAGACCCCGACUGGGAUUGGGGUGUGAAAGUUGCAGAAAAUGUUUACAGAGCACAACUUGAGGAAUGAAAUUAAUUGUUUAUUAUAUAUUUUACUUGUUUAGAAAAGAGUACGAUUCACGCAGACGGAGUGGCUUCAAAGAUGCGAAAAGUUGUAAUGACUCACUCCAGGAAGCUGAAAUGUUUUCGGCGAUUGUGAUGCAUUGAACGGCCUUUCCAAAUUGCUGAACGCUCUCUGAUUUUAACUCCGAUGGAACACUAGCAGUGAUCAGAAAUAUUAUGGCUUUACGUAGAUUCAAAGUUUUUGAAUUAGUCAUUUCAACAUAGAGAGCAUUAACGUCUAAUGGAAACUUUGAAAUCUGAAAUUCAGUUGAAUCCUCAAGAAUGUUGCUGAUAGUGUUUAA